AUGUUCACGAAAAUCGCACAGAAAAGACAAGUUGCAGUGGCCCACACGAGUGGAUUCGAAUACAUAUCCAUUGUUAUGGAUAAGACGAACAUGGAUUGGGCAAAGGAUAUACCCUGCCGAAACGUUAUCAUUUAUGGAUACUGUCGAAAGGAGCAAGAAGGGUGCCCGUUUAAACACGAGAACCACGAGACCGCCGGACAGACGACAACUACAACAAUGAAGGUUCCAUCGAGCUCGGAAGGUCCAACAUUGAUUUCGAGCCAUCCUGGGCCUUCACCAUCGACUCCAACGCCAAAGUUCAAUGCCAAGAUUUCUGCGAGUUUUACACCAAUGUCAGCCAAGGGAGCAAACGUUGCGACUUUGAGCCUGGAAAGUGAGCCAUCAGGCAGGGCAUCACCGGAUUUCCACAUACCGGGGUUGUCUUCGACACCUCAGCUACCCUCACUGUCCUCUGGGGGCUCAUUUGGCGCACCAGCAUUCAAUCCGUACGCGGCAGAAAGCUUCACACCAGCGUCUUCGGCUGGAGUCCGUCUAAAUCAUCUGACUAUGCACGAUGACAGCAAUGGAACACUCGGUGCUUCGCAUGAUGCUGAAGGUACUCUUUCGAUGGCUGCUACUGGGUUGACAAUUGGAGAGCCACCCGUCUCUGGGACUUCGCACGUUGCCUUGAAGUAUCCUACAAUUUAUCCACCACCUCACAGUCUCCUCCAAUACCAUCUGUAUGCGCCUGAUCCUCCACCACACCUUAGAGUGUCACUUAAACCAAACGAGCGUACUCCUGAGUCCCUCUUCAUCCCUAAUGACCUCAGAGAAGAGCUUGUGAAGCGAAAUCUGGCUUCUUUACAAGUAUUUCCGUUAGGGGGUGCAACACCAACAAUAGUCCAAGACUACUUUGGCCUGGUUCCGUUGGAUUUCAAUAAGAGUACAGGUACGAAAGACAGCUUCAUGGGUCACAAAAACUCGCUAUACAAAGUAUUUUCUAAUUUGGACGGUAAACUUUAUCUCUUGCGGCGUAUACACGACGUCAAGGGGAUGGAUCAAAUCCAAUUGUCGAGUACUUAUCAAGCUUGGAGCAAAAUUUCCAGUGCCAAUGUGGUCAAGUUAACGGACCUGUUCUUGACAACUAAGUUUGGAGACUCGUCUCUUUGCGCGGUAUAUGAUUACUACCCGCUUGCAAAAUCCUUAUAUGACACGCACUUUGCCAGCUUCCCAUUAACUCCAAUAACGCAGGAAUAUCUAUGGACUUAUUUAGUGCAGAUAACCAACGGGAUGAAAACAAUUCACGCUAACGGGCUGGCAGUUGGAAGCCUAGAUUGGGAUAAGGUUAUCGUCACGGGAGCACCAGGCAGGAUUAAGAUAUCUGGCUGUGGUGCCCUUAACGCCUUACGCUAUAAUGAGCAUCAUGACCUUCACGCCGAGCAACAAGAGGAUUACAAGAAACUUGGUAACCUACUGAGAGACCUUGCCUCCAAGAUAGGCCCCAAUAAAGAUCCUUCAAUCGACGACCUUGUCGUUGAAGAAAGUUUCAAGAGUGUCCUCAAAUAUCUAUUAGACGAGGAAAACAGCAAUAAAGACAUACGGACCUUAACUAUGCUGUUUUACGAGAAGCUCUACAGUUGCGUUGACUCUUCUUUGAGUUACACAGAGUAUACUGAGGGAGUGCUGUCUCGCGAACUAGAGAACGGAAGAUUGUUCAGAUUAAUGUGCAAACUGAACUGUAUAUACGGACGGAUGGAAUCACGAAUAGAUGUCGACUGGUCUGAAUCCGGUGGUAAGUUCCCGAUAGUUCUAUUUUACGACUUCGUUUUCCAUCAAGUGGAUGCUUCGGGCAAGAAUAUCUUAGACUUAACCCAUGUCCUAAGAUGUUUGAAUAAAUUAGAUGCGGGGGUAUCUGAAAAAAUUGUACUAGCAACACCUGAUGAGAUGAAUUGCAUUAUAAUAAGCUACAAGGAAUUGAAAGAUUUGAUAGAUUACACUUUUCGAUCUUUAGCGCAAUAA